AUGAAGCUCCGGAUCAUGAUGAGGGUCAUGAGAGCUAAUAAUGGUGAAAAUCCUAAUACUAACGCUAAUAAUGGUGAUAAUCCUAAUACUAACGCUAAUAAUGGUGAAAAUCCUAAUACUAACGCUAAUAAUGGUGAUAAUCCUAAUACUAACGCUAAUAAUGGUGAUAAUCCUAAUACUAGAGCUAAUAAUGGUGAUAAUCCUAAUACUAGAGCUAAUAAUGGUGAUAAUCCUAAUACUAGAGCUAAUAAUGGUGAUAAUCCUAAUACUAGAGCUAAUAAUGGUGAUAAUCCUAAUACUAACGCUAAUAAUGGUGAUAAUCCUAAUACUAGAGCUAAUAAUGGUGAAAAUCCUAAUACUAACGCUAAUAAUGGUGAUAAUCCUAAUACUAACGCUAAUAAUGGUGAUACCCCUAAUACUAAAGCUAAUUAUCAGUGA